AUGGGUGGAUUUCCAGGAAUGAGAAUGGGAGGACAACAAGCAGCAGAAAAAGGAGCUGCAUUAGCACAAUAUACUACUGAUCUAACACAAAUGGCAAAAGAUGGAAAACUUGAUCCUGUGAUUGGAAGAGAUGCAGAAAUAAGACGAACGAUUCAAAUUUUAUCAAGAAGAACAAAAGCAAAUCCUGCUUUGGUAGGUCCGGCAGGUGUGGGAAAAACGGCAAUUAUGGAAGGACUUGCACAAAGGAUUGUCAAUAAAGAAGUACCCGAAAGUAUGCGAGAUAAAAGGAUUCUUUCGUUGGAUUUGGCUGGGAUCAUUAGCGGUGCAGCAUUCAGAGGAGCGUUUGAAGAACGAUUCAAAGCAAUCAUGAAUGAUGUAGAAGCAGAAGAAGGACGUGUGGUUUUGUUCAUAGAUGAACUACACAUGCUUCUCAACCUUGGAAAAGCAGAAGGUUCAAUGGACGCAGGCAAUAUGCUCAAGCCUGCACUUGCUCGAGGAUUAACAAUUGUGGGAGCGACCACCUUCGAUGAAUACAGACGUAGUAUCGAGAAAGACAGCGCUCUCUCACGUCGAUUCCAGCCUGUUCACGUUCUUGAACCAUCUGUGGAGGAUACGAUCAGUAUUCUUCGUGGAUUGAGGAGUCGAUAUGAGCUGCAUCAUGCUGUCAGUAUAAGUGAUGCAGCAUUAGUAAGCGCAGUACAGCUGGCACACAGGUACUUGAACGAGAGGAGGAUGCCGGAUGGACCGUUGGACUUGGUGGACGAGGCUGCCAGUGCAUUACGUCUACAGCAGGAGAGUAAGCCAGAGCGACUCGAGCAACUGGAUCGCGAGAUUCUGAGAUAUCAAAUCGAGCUCGAAUCUCUACGGCACGAGGAUGAUGUACCUUCACAAGAAAGGCAGGCCGAGAUUAAUUCGAAAUUAGACAAAGUUCGACAAGAAAGUCAAAGAUUAACAGCUCUUUGGAAAUCGGAGAGGGAACGCUUAGACAGAGUGAAAGCGUUGAAAGAACAAUUGGAACAAGCUAGAAUAGAGCUUGAGCAAGCUACCCGAAAUGGUGAUUUCCAACGUGUGGCGGAAUUACAAUAUGGCCGUAUUCCCGAUUUAGAGCAAAAGCUGCCGGCAGAAGAAGAAAAAGUAAGACAAACACAAGAGCAAGCAACAAAGGAAGGAGAAGAGACAAUCUUAGUGCAUGAUCGUGUAACGAGUGAUGACAUUGCGGCUGUCGUUAGUCGUCAAACCGGUAUUCCACUUCGAAACCUUUUGCGUGGAGAGCGUGAACGUCUUUUGCAUGUUGAAGAUGCACUACGUCAACGUAUCGUUGGACAAGAUGAAGCUUUGAGCGCUAUCGGAGAAGCUGUACGCUUAACCCGGGCAGGAUUGCAAUCUGAGCGUAGACCUUUGGCAAGCUUCUUGAUGGCAGGAAGUACGGGUACAGGAAAGACGGAAACAUGCAAAGCGCUGGCAAACUUUUUGUUUGAUUCAGAAGAUGCUUUGAUUCAAUUGAACAUGAGUGAAUAUUCCGAAUCACACAGCGUUUCACGUUUGAUCGGCGCUCCUCCCGGAUACGUCGGACAUGAAGAUGCUGGACAAUUGACAGAGCAAGUCAGAAGGAAACCAUACAGUAUUGUUUUGUUCGAUGAGAUCGAAAAAAGUCAUCCACAAGUAAGAAACAUUUUAUUACAAAUCUUGGAAGAAGGAAAAUUGACAGACAGUCAAGGAAGAGUUGUUGACUUCCGCAAUGCAAUCAUCGUCAUGACGAGCAAUUUGGGUGCGGAAGCGUUGUAUGCAAAUGGUGCAGUUGAUGAACGUACCGGAAGCUUAACGCAAAAAGCCAAAACUGAAGUUUUGCAAGCAAUUCAAGCUGCUUUACCGCCUGAAUUGAUCAAUCGUAUCGAUGAUCAACUCAUUUUCAAUCGACUUUCCGCUUCGGCCAUUCGCGAUAUUGUCGAUAUUCGUUUGGCAGAAGCCGGUAAGAGAUUGACACCUCAACGUAUCACGCUUGACGUAAGUGAAGAAGCAAAGGACUGGCUUGCACGUAACGGUUUCGAUCCUCGUUAUGGUGCUAGACCCUUGAAUAGGUUGAUCACGAAAUCACUGUUGAACCCAUUGGCAAGGAGUAUUAUUGGCGGUACUGUUCGAUCGGGCGAUAAAGUACCAGUCAUUCUUGCGGAGAAUGGAGAAGGUUUGCAGAUUGUUGAACAACAUGAUGAACUCAAAUCAUCAAACACCAACGGCAAUGGCAAACCUAGCGCUGAGGAAAGCGAGUAA